AUGAAUUCACUGGUAUCUGGACCCUAUUUUCCGUUCGAAUUUUUGCAUGCUGAAAUAAUAAGAUACGAGAAACAAAGAGAGAAAGAGCAGAUUGACAAACGAAAAAGCUGGAUUGAACAAAUGCGAAACAAUCCGCAAAUGGAAGUCUCGUUAUUGGAUGAACAAUUGAAGUCGGUGAAACAAGUUUUCAUUCAGGGAAAUGCUGAAACACGUCUGGAAGCUCUUGGCUACCGCGUCGGUUUCGUGCUAGUUGAAAAAAUUGCCAAGGAUUUGCCGAGGUUAAUCACUGAAUUGGAGAGAAUGAAGUUUCUUUGUAAAGAAUUUUGGACUGCUGUAUUUGGUAAACAGGUCGAUAAUUUACGUACUAAUCACCAGGGGAUUUACGUAGUACAGGACAACAAAUUUUUCAUCUUAGCAGGUUUUGCGGAAGGGAAACAGUAUGUGGAAGAAUCUGCUAUUUAUUUAGCCUUUCCAUGUGGUAUCAUAAGAGGUGCACUGUACAACCUCGGUAUCACUUCGUUAGUUACAUCUUCGGUGGAGAAUGUCCCGGCUGUGAGAUUUCAUGUACAUAUGCAACAGAAAAGUUAA